UCCGUCAAAUGAGAGUCCUUUGAAAAGUGCAAAGUCAACUGGCAAGGACUCAUCAGUGAUUAGGGGUCAAAAGUCUCCUAGAAAGGGAUCAACCAUACAACGGGGUCAAAGGUUAUCUGGUAACAGGCCAUCUAUACAAUAUGUUCAAAGGUCACCUGGUAAAGAGCUAUCCAUUCUACAAGGUCAAAAGUCAAAUGCUGUUGACCUGGAUGAAACCAUGGCACCUGAUUCAGUAAGACUGGAGAAACUGCCCAGAUGUAACAGGACUUCGUCAUCAGAUGAUAGUGAGUACACUUUGAGUAGAAAUGGAAGUAUGGAUCCAAAUGUACACUUGUCAGUACUGUGUGAUGAGGAGUCAGAACUUAUCUUGGAAAGUCAUGAAAUCCCAUCAAGAAAAAAGUUGUCAUUCCAUAAACAGGGGGAUGUGGGAAUAAAGGAUAGGUGUUGUAUUGAGUUUGACAGCGACGAGGUCCAUGCUCCCUCAUUAGAUUGUAGUGUGGCCACGUUAAAGGAUUUUCACAUUGAUGAUUUGGCACAGGGUGACAAUGGACCAGAACGUCUCACCUCAACAUGUAUUGACGAGGAUUCACAGGGUGACAAUGGACCAGAACGUCUCACCUCAACAAGUAUUGACGAGGAUUCACAGGGUAUUCCCUGUAGUUCACGUAGUGUUAAGUUUGGGUCAAGGAAAAGACGUGUCAUUGUGACAACUGGCUACAACUCGGAAGAUGAUUGUGAGAAGGAAGAUGGAAAUCCAGCUGAGGAACUGGAAAACAUGGAAGAAUUGGAUGAUAGUUUUGAUAAAUUGCCAGACAAGGCUGUGGCUAAGUAUGCCUUUGUGGGGGUGGUGAGAAAACAAAACGAGAGGCGUAAUCUGAUCGGCUACGAGUGUAAGGAAUGCUAUGAGUACUACUCUGCGAUGGGUUUGAGUGAUGAAGAGGUGAGACAGAGAGUCCAGACAUGCUCCAAACAUCGUGCCCACUAUGUUCCACCCGAGACCCCGCCCCACUUCUGGUCUGUGGGCUUCCCUGACACACAGGAGUGUGAAGAGAGAGGUAUGCAGAUUCCCUGUUGA